CACUGUUCUUGUUCCUUGUACGUUGUGUUUAAUGGUGGGACUUAUAUGGAGGAGCAAAACUUUUAUGGCAUAAAACAUGUCAGGAUUGUCGGAAACAGAACGCACCGGCUGUGCCACGAUACUUACGCUUAUGUCCGCGGCAGACGUACACUCACUCACCGACACCGUCACAAAUAAGUUGAUAGUUGUUGAAAACACAACAGAGGCAGUGGAAACAAUUCUCUCCUUCAGUAAAAAUGCUGAGGAGUUCCUACGAAGGAAGAAGGUUCAGCGUGACCUUAUUUUUAAGUACCUGGUCAAUCAGGGGGUCGUGAUGCCCCCGAACAGUGAGAAGCACCAGCUGGUGAAGAGGACUCUGGAACUUUGGUCGUCGGGAAAGGUUGUUAGUGACAAAUCCUCUCAAGAAGAGAAGAAAGGGAUACUACAUAAACAACCCACAGACGUAUCUGCAAACGUGGUUGAGGUGGGCUUUGACCCGCAGGUCCUUGGUCAGCAGUUUUGCCAGUGGUUCUUUCAACUCCUGAACAGUCAGAACCCAUCACUGGGCCAGCAGCCUGAAGACUGGGGACCGCAGCACUUCUGGCCUGACGUAAAGCUGCACCUUCUCUCGAGAACUGGCAGCGAACAGACGCAGGAUGAGUUCAUCGGUGCUGAUUUAGUUAGCCUUCGGCUACUAGCCUUAACCAAGGAGGAACGCCUCCUCCUCAGCCCAAACCUGGAGCCCCACGGUCUCAGGGCCCUCAUGUCCCCUCAUGGCCUGGUGCUGGUUGCUGUGGCCGGUACCAUUCACAGAGGUUCGGUCUGUCUGGGCGUAUUUGAGCAAAUAUGUGGCCUAAUCCGUUCCCCCUUGGAAAAGAACAGCUGGAAGAUAAAGGUUAUUGACCUGAAGAUUAGAGCGCAGGACGCUCUGCCCGGGACAGAGGUGGCAGCGCCUGCUUUGACUUACAGCUCCAGUGAACUACAGUUUCUCUGCAGCUGAUGACACUAGAAUCUCUUUUCCACAUCAGUCAGGACUCGUUGCACAGGUAAGUGGGUGCUCCUAGAUAUAUAACAACAUGUUUACUGUUUUUGUAACAUGGUCAAAUGUAAAAUGUUUUUUGUUCUACUUUGCAGAAGAUAAGGUCUCUGCAGCUGGUUGUUGUUGUUGUUGUUAACAUUAUACUUUAAUUAUGUUGUACCUUGAUGUAAAGUCUUACUGCUUUGUUUGCCUGUAAAUUUUGUAAAACAGACUAUUAUGUAUUAUUCAGACAUGCACUUAUAAAUAAGUACCAAAUAUAUCUAUGACAUCAUAAUUUGUGCCUGUGUGUUUUAUCGGGAUGUCGGACUUUAUCUACAGCUGCUGCUGACCAAAGUAUGAGGAAAAAUGUUCCACGUUUGUUUUGUCAUUGAAAGUGAAAGGUGAAGAUGUGAUAUAAGAUACAAUUACAUGGUUUUUAUUGAGUUCACACACAAGUCUUGUUCAUGAAGUUUAACAAGUCAAUAAUUAUUUCACCUCUUGCCUUUUGCUGUCAUUAUGUCCAUGCUCAAAUGGGUUGAGUCUCUAACAUUUCAUCAUGUGUUUCUAAAAAUGUUAAUGUGUCUGAUUUACAGUUUAUUUUUGCCACAUCCAGAUAAUUUAGGCAUAAUGGUAAAAGAGUAAAGAGUUCAACAUGUGUUCUGUUUGAAGCUGCUGUAGAAAUAAUAAUAAUAAUUGUCAUGAA